UUCAGAGCAGGUGGGACCACAACAGACAACUACCCACAUUCCCUAGAGAGGGCAGACAAUGAACAGAUGACUGCAAUGGAUCUUCAAGUGAGUGAAAUUGUGUCUGGGAAUCCCCUCUUAAGCACCAUGGACUCCAUUCAAGAAGUGAUUGACCAAGGGACAAUCAACUCCAAAGACCACAUGGGUUCCACUUUCCUCCACAGAGCAGCUAGGGAGGGACAUGUGGAAAUAGUGGAGAAGCUCCUUGAAAGUGGAGCAUCCGUAUGCCUGGAGGAUCUUUAUGGCCAUCUUCCUCUGCAUGUGGCAUCCAUGAGCGGACAUCCCAAGAUAGUCCAGCUGCUGUUGAAUCAGGACUGUGAUGCACUAGACAAGAUGUCCAGUACAAAACUAUCCCCUCUACACUGUGCUGCCAAAGAGGGAAAACUGGAGGUAGUGAAGCUUUUGUUAGAGAGAGGAGCUUCCCUCAAUGUUCAGAACAGUUACGGACACACUCCACUGAUGUUGGCUGUGAGCGAGGACCACAUUGACGUGGUCAGACUUCUAGUGGACGCAGGGGCAGAUCUUUUUGUGAGAGACAAGUCCACCCUUUGUGUCUUCCACCUUGCCAUCAGUAAAGGCUCGCCACGCUGUCUUCAGGUUCUCCUGGACAAGGUGGCUCAAGGCAAGCUAUUGGACCACACCAACAUACACGGACUGUCCCCCUACCAGUCUGCUUUAGUGAAGUUAGUCACCUACUCGGAUAGUUACACUGAAAUAUUUGAAAAAAUGAAAAUGUUAAUCAAGGCCGGAGCCUCGCCUAGACUCGCAGAAAGCCCAAGGACAUUCCACAUGAUGAAGGUGCCAUCUGUAUUUGAAAAACUUGUGAUCAGUGGUAAUGUUGAUGCAGUGUCUCUGAUUCUGCAGACUAAUGUACGAAAGCACAUUCUAAAGGAAGUCAGCGGUACUCUAAUAAAACUGACUAAAGGAACUAUUAAUAGUGCUUCCAAAGACAUGGAGGGGCUGCUCCAGGAUUACCUUGGCGACGUGGGCAGCCUCCAUCAUUUAUGUCGAAUGGUCAUCCGGGAAAACAUUGACCCGAGGUAUCAAAGUAUUUGUCAACUGCCAUUGCCUCAGAAUUUGAAAAAUUAUUUGGCAUUUUCCGAUCUUUGCUAAAGGUUGUAUGGUAUUAUGAAUCAGAUAUUAGUUAUUUUUUAUCAGUUUUAUUAUGCAAUUUCAGUUCUCUUUUUACUUCUUUUUUUUUGCAAUUAAAACUUCCAGUUUAUUUGAAGACUGAGCUUAAAUAAGUAAGAUCAUUUCUCCUAAAACAUAUUGUGCAGAUUAAUUUAAAGCAAAAAAGCCCUAUUACUGUACUAACAGUAUUUUGACCAUGAAAUGGAAUAAAACUCUGAUUAUCCUAUCAUUUUGGUGAGCUCACCUGGGGAGAAGGCUCAGAUGAGCUGUUCAGAAUGAAAUAUAUCCGUUGUUUGUCUCUGCCAACAGUUCAAAAUUUUCAUUUCUUCUAAAAUGUUGAAGUAAUGUCGUAUUAUCUCCCCUUUCAAUGGUAUAGGAAGUACGCAAAGUUGAAACAUUUAUCAGUGGUCAUUUUUGGGAAGUGAUUUUCUUAUAAAAUUUUUGCAAAUCCUAGAAAGACAUGAAAAAGAACCUGUUUUUUGAAAUUGUAUAAAAGGUGCAAUAUUUUUCCAAAAAAUUAUUCAUUAAUCAAAUUAGUUACUUAACCACCAAUGAAAUUUACUUUGAUGGGGGGGGGGAUAUUCUUUAAAAGAUUAGUUGUUUUCUCAAUAAAAAUUGUUCAAAAUUGUGCCUCGCAUGUAUAUCAUGUGAAAUUUUUUACUUUUAAAAAAGCAUUCAAUUUGUUCACAAAGCAAUUUUAAAUAUUCAAGUGAAAUUCACUUGAAUGCUUGAUUUUGUAUGUAUAUUUAAAUUGUUUUAAAUACCUGGAAUUCAUGUCAACUAUCAUUUUGAACUUUGAAUAAGAAAUAAUUAAUGGAUAGUUACAUGUAUUGAGACUGAU